AUGCUCUCCUCGUGGUCCCGAGCCCUCAGCUCCUUACAGCUGGGAGGGGCUACUGUGGGCUCCGUCGUGUUUCAGGUGUCAGGAGCCUUGGUCAUGGCCUGGGGUUACUGCGUGGCCCUGUUGCUGCUGGCCACUCUGGGGCUGGGUCAGCAGCCACACUCCAAGCCCGGUGUCCCAGGCCUGUGGCAUAGCUAUGACUGUGGGGUCAAGGGCAUGCAGCUGCUGGUGUUCCCCUGGGAAGGCCGGACUAUUCAGUUCAAGGUGAUGGAUGAAUUUGGGAACCAGUUUGAGGUGAACAAUUGCUCCAUCUGCUACCACUGGGUUACAGCCAAGCCCCAGGGGCCCACAGUCUUCUCUGCUGAUUACAAAGGCUGCCACGUGCUGGAGAAGGACGGGCGCUCCCACCUGAGAGUGUUCAUAGAAGCUGUGCUGCCCAAUGGUCAUGUUGAUGUAGCACAAAAUGUUACUCUGGUCUGUCCCAAGCCUGACCAUACCUGGACGACUCCAGACAGCCAGCUGGUGCCAUCCACCACAUUCUCACACUCGACCCUGAGUAUCGGUUCCCUCCGCCCCACCACACAGCACAGCUUGGCCCAUUCAGCCCCUGCCUCACCAUCCUUUGGAUCUGGCCCCACCCCCCCCACCUGGGCUGGCCCCCAUGGGGGCACCUUGGAAAACUGGGAAGUUGACAAGCCAGAUUACAUAGGCACCCAUCUGACCCCGGAGCAGUGUCAGGGGCACUCUGGGCACAUCCCCUGCAUAGUGAGAAGUUCAAAGGAAGCCUGUCAACAGGCUGGCUGCUGCUAUGACACCACCAGAGAUGUUCCCUGUUACUAUGGCAACACAGUGACUGUCCAGUGCUUCAGAAAUGGCCACUUGGUCCUGGUGGUAUCCCAAGAAACAGCCUUGGCACACAGGAUCAACCUGGCCAACAUCCACCUGGCCUAUGCCCCUACCAGCUGCUCCCCGACCCAGGAGACGGGGUCCUUUGUGGUCUUCCACUUCCCUCUCACCCACUGUGGCACCACAGUCCAGGUGGUUGGCAAUCAGCUCAUCUAUGAGAACCAGCUAGCGUCUGACAUCGACGUCCAAAAGGGACCCCAGGGCUCCAUCACACGGGACGGCAGCUUCCGGCUUCACGUUCGCUGCAUCUUCAAUGCCAGUGACUUCCUGCCCCACCGGGCAUCUGUCUUCCCACCCCUUUCACCAGCCUCUGUGACCCAGCCUGGCCCCCUGCGGCUUGAGCUUCGGAUCGCCAAGGAUGAGACUUUCCGCUCCUACUAUGAGGAAAGGGACUACCCCAUCGUGAAGCUGCUCCUGGAGCCCGUCCCCGUGGAGGUCCGGCUCCUGGAAAGGACAGACCCCCGCCUGGUCCUGGUGCUGCACCAGUGCUGGGCCACCCCCAGCGCCAACCCCUUCCAGCAGCCCCAGUGGCCCAUCCUGUCAGAUGGGUGUCCUUUUGAGGGCGACAGAUACAGGACCCGAAUGGUAGCCUUGGACAGGGCUGAGCUGCCUUUCCCGACUCAUUACCAGCGCUUCACCGUGGCCACCUUCACGUUCCUGGACUCUGGCUCCCAGAAGGCCCUCAAGGGACCGGUCUACAUCUUCUGCAGUGCCUCUGUCUGCUCCCCCUCAGGGCUGGAGACCUGCUCCACUACCUGUGGCUCCAGGACUGCAAGACAGCGGCGAUCCUCGAGUGGCCACAGUGACAUCGCCGAGCCGCAGAACCUCGUGAGCUCCCCAGGGCCUGUGGGUUUUGUGGAUUCGUACAGGACGGAAACCACGCUGGGGCCCUCAGGCUCCACCGGGAACUCUGACCCGAGGCUUCCCUUCUGGGUGGUCCUUUUGCUGGUGGCUGUUGCCAUGGUCCUAGGGAUCGGUGUUUCCGUGGGCCUGAGUCAGGCCCAGGCCAGGAGGCUCCGGGAAGGCAACAGAGGGUGA